AUGCUCUCACAGGGCAAGGUCGAAGCGGCCGCGUCCGGUCCUCGAGAGCCAAGACGAAGCACCACCUCCAUCUCAUUCGACCCGGCGGUUCCAUACAGCAAAAAGCAGCGUGUAGAUUCCGAGCUUUGGGUGGACUCCGGCGACUGUAUGGUCCAUCUCUACGCACCUGCAACCUCACGCCGUGGCGCUAGCUUCAAGAUCCCUCUCGAGCUGCUGGAGCAGACGAACAGUCCGCAUCUGCUGAAGCAGUGUCUCCACAGGCCUACCAAGACCGCAGCUUCGAUCAGCAGCGACGACAAUGGUUCUGACAGCGGUUAUGGCGCCUCGGUAUCAGACGACUCGUCAGCUCGUUGUUCCGAACUCUAUCUCUCCGCACCAAUUGAACUCACCCGAGCAGAAGCAUUCUCGUACCACGUCGGAACACGCAACUACUUCGCCUACCUCCUUCGCAAACCGAUCGUUGGAGAGGACUUUGGCGUCUCGCUCGCACAUUUGUGGAAGAGAAUUGAAGUAUGGCAGCCUCAUUGCAACGCUUCGGAGAUUUUUCAGGAAUACUGUCUAGAACAAGGCUAUCUUGACCUGGCUGGCAAUCUCGAAUAUGCAUCCGCUGCUUUGUAUUGGUCUGAAUUGGCCCGGGUCCAAAACGUUUGGGUCGAUGCUUUCGUUCACUGCGUUGGCAUGGAAGGCCAGUUUGACCCCGAGCAAGGAUCAAGACUCAGCAGUACGACCCGAGAAUUGAUUGCGAAAGCGUCUCGCGAGAUGCACCAGCACGUGGCCGAGUCAACACGAUCCCUCGGUACCUUCUUGGAGAAAGAGCUAGGACCACAAAACGUCGGCCUCACGAAACCCCUCCGCGAUCACCUCGACCGCUUCCGAAGUAUGCUUCACACCUACCAGGUGAAUGAGGUCGGCUACUUUCCCCGUGGUCCAUCCGAGCCAUGGGACAAACGCCUCUGGACUCGCAUGUAUGAUGACUUCCGAAGUCUCUACAAAUACCUCGCCGACACGAAGUCAUCCACCGAUUUGGCGAGCGGUCGUGGCAUAAGUGGAGGCCUGUGCGUAUCGCAGAACAUCCAGGCCUUCGACGGGAGCAAGUCGUACCAGCCUCUGCCGUAUACUCUUCCGCUAUUGCCGGGCAACAACACACGCACUGCUCGUAUGAGUCUGCGCCACAUGCGAAGAUCUCGAACCCCUCUCGACCAAGAAUUUCUCGAACGGGCUACCAACUCGGACAACUGCCGAGUCAUGGCCAACUCUCUGGUUAAGGCGUACAUGAAGUUCGAACGCCGGAGUCUGGAAGAGAAAGUCGCACCCGCGGAGGCUCGUAAAGUGCGAUGGCUUCUCGUGUAUGGUGUGUUGCAGACGCUGGUCAGCAUGACGAAUGCGCCAAAAGAGGUGCGGAAUACCCAGACUCCGUCCUACCCGCUAUGCGUUUCUACGAAAGGAUGUCCUGCCUGGGCAACGAAGGAGAGUGCAGCAGUCCGAUUGCAAGAGGCAGCUCUACGUCGAUUCGUUGCACUUAAUCCGUUGGUCGAGACGCCUGAAGUGAUUAGUCCAGAGUGCGACACUCAGGCUGCCAGUGAUUUCUUCUGCCAUGGAUACUCGGCGGGAAGAAUAUCCAUGGGAGAUGUGCUCACACGUCCAGUGUCUCGCUCUACGUCUCUCCGCUCCAGAGUAACGAGUUUGAAUCGAACGGGGAGCUUGGUCCAACGCAGCAUCAAAGCUCACCAGCGCUCGACUUCGUUCCAGGAAAUAAUUGUUCAGGGUUACGGUAACGGCGCAGGACUCACGACCCCCAUAGGCCUCGACACCACCAUCCCACCGAAUGCCACGUCUUACAUCUCCGACGACAGCCCUUCAACGACGUACUCAUCGUCUUCUUGGAGCGACCGCGACGGUAAUCGCUCUUCCACCGCAACAUCUUACUCUUCCGACUCUGCAUGCCCCGAAUCGCCCGGCACUGAAAUCUCAUUCCGCCAUGACGAUAUUGCGAUUCGCAAGGCCGGCAUCGAUACCUUCGAUUUCGGGUUUCAGGAUCAUCCAUCAGUGCACAAUUCGACGAAACCUCAUAUUCCCACAAGAUCCAGCACGAUCAAUUCCACUCAGCGCCAAGAGAAAGGAAAGGGCAUGCAAGACAUCGAAGAGUGCCUUCUCGCAGCGGAGGUCCCCUUCCCAUCAGGCAUCGAGGAGUCUAUCCGCGCGGCCGACAUUCCUUUACCCUUGACUUCCGGAAGAGUGCGGCGCGCAGAGUCGCCGGCCUCGAUCAGGAGCGAGGUGAGCUCGGCGAGUUCGUUCUAUCCGGAAGACCCCUGCCAGGCGGCGGAUAUCGAGGAGACGGAUGUCAGGGGUAGGAGGAGGAGCAGAGCUCUUGAUCAAUUGAGCUGGAGAAAUAAGAGUGAUAAGCAAAAGAUUAACAUCUCAAUCUCCCAGUCAUAUUGUGCAUUUUCGCAUGCGCCGCCGUCGCCGAAAUCUCCAUAA